AUGCCAACACAUGAUGAACUCAUCACUGGUCUAAAUGGCGCGACUGUAUUCAGCACCCUAGACCUGACAUCCGGAUACCAUCAACUCGAGCUCGAACCCGAAAGCAGGCGCAUUACAACAUUCUCCACUCAUGUCGGUCUUCGACGAUAUAAAAGACUCAUGUUCGGUAUAAAUGCCGCAUCAGAAAUAUUCCAAAAUUCAAUUGCUGAGCUUUUAACUGGCUUACCGGGAUGCAAGAACAUUUCCGAUGACAUAAUUGUUUACUGUCGUGACGUCAGAGAACACGAUGAAAACCUGAACCGCGUUUUAACCCGUCUGCGAGAACACAAUGCCCGCCUUAACCGAGACAAAUGUGCAUUCUGUAAGUCAGGAGUUAUCUUCUAUGGGCACUCUUUCAGCUCCGAAAGAAUCAAAGCAGCCCCUCAGAAGAUCAAUGCUAUUAAGACCAUGCAACCUCCAGAAAAUCCAAGCGAAGUGAAAUCCAUCCUAGGUAUGGCACAGUACGUUUCACGUUUCAUCCCGAAUUAUACCACCAUUACUGCCCCUUUACGUGCCUUAACCCAUCAGCAUUCCGUGUGGAAAUGGGAGAUAGAAGAAUAA